AUGGCUCUUCCCCGUAAACCUAAAAAAUCAGUGGAUGGGAAACCAUCCCACGAUAAACCCAUAUCGUAUGCCUCCCUCGCCACCAACCAUCGGGAACCUGUAGUUCUUUUCUCGCAAAGUAAGCAUAGUCGACAAGUAUGGAGACGUGCCGAAAAUCCCCAUUCUCUACUUUUUGAUAUAUCCCGUUUACAAAUAACAGACACCGAAUUCCGGCGAGCUGUUGGACAAUCACCAUUAAAACAAGGUGCACAUGGUAUAGUCGUGCAUCGCACUCGAUCCUAUGCCAUUGCUGAAGUUGCCUUCGAAACCCAAGCUAUCGCUGACAAACUCAUACAACAACCUGUAACCCUUGAUGAUGGAUCCAAAAUUUUCGGCUCUCAUCCCAUCCCAGAUGAAUGGGACGUCGUCAAAAUUAACCUCACCCAUAUUCCUCUGUAUACAAGAUCAAUUCUCUCCUCGUCAAUCCCUGCAGCUCUCAAACCUUUUGGACAACUACUUGAACUCGGCAUAUACCUCGAACAAGAUUUUUUCACUGGCAAAGGUUACGCCUACAUCAACACCAAUCCCAAACACGAAACCAAAAACAACGUUUUCCAUGUACCACCUCAACAACUAGUCCACUCUGUUACUGUAUCACGCAAUGAUGGGUCGUACCCAUCUCGUAUGUUCGCCACCUGGUCCAAGAUGCCAUUGUAUUGUCGCUACUGCCAUUGCUCGGGACACACUCGCCUUCAAUGUACCCAAAAACCUCAACCACGCUGUCACUUCUGCCAAGAACUCGGCCAUGUUCGCAAAGAUUGCCCUAUUAAACAAGGAAAGACACCUGCCCCUGAAUCCACUACAUCGGAUCAAGCAAACCUUAAUCACGAUACCACCACAGCAAGCUUUACAUAUCGAACCAAUAGCAAACGCCAACGAAACUUUUCUCCAUCCCAUUCACCUCCUUUGAACUUCACACCAAUCCCUGUAACGGAUAACAGUAGCGCUCCGGCUACAACUUCUACCUCACCACCAAACCAGCAAUGCCCUCCACCUAAUGACAAGCAGCCUGACAUUUCGUCCACAAAAUGUGAAACGGAUGAUAUGGUGACUUAA